GCACAGGGAUGGAUUCGGCAGGUCCGGGUGACCUGGGCACAGGGUGACCCGUGCCCUGCCGUCCCCCAGCCCCUCACCCGGCCUCGGGGCUCUGCCUGGCCCUGGGACAGCACGGGGGACAGUGGGGGGAGCAGGGCGGGAGCUGACGCUGGCUGCCCGUUAUCAGUGGGGUGCAGCCCGGCACACCGGGCUGAUGCAAGAGCUGCCGGCGGGUCUGGAGGGCCCGGGGAGCCCCGGGACAGGCCGGUCUGGGGGGGCCAGGGGCCGCCAGCGCUACGGGGCCAGGCGGGGCAGGAAGGAGGAGGCCGGGUCCGGAGCGGCUGAGGUUCCCGUGGCACCGCCGCGGCUCCGGACCCCACCGGGGAUCCCGUGGCCCCCGCGGGGUGUCUGUGACCCCAGCCUGGCUCCCGCGGCCCCUGGCCGAGAGAGAGAUCCUGCAUCACCCCGAGUGCCGGGUUAUGGUCCCGCCGGGCUGAGUGCCGGGACGCAGCGAGGCCGUGGCGGGGGCUGAGCCAGGAGCCAUGGAGGGGCACGGCCAGGACGCCUACGAGGAGAGGAUGAGGAGGAGCCUGGACCCGGAGGGCUUCGAGGACCCUGGCAUAAAGGGCUCCCACCUGUCGCUGGGGGAGAUGAGCAGGGCCGGCGCUGGCACCGGGUCCCCUUUGCACGCGUGGAGGGCCAGAGCUGAGGAGCUGACACCCCUGCGCCAGUAUUUGCCCAGCCGCCGGGGAUGCUAUGACCUGGAUGGGAGGAGGCGUGCGGCCGGGGCCCCCCCAGGACAGGCGAGCCGCCGUGGCGGAGGGCAGCCUCCAUCGGUGACUGAUGUGGACCUGGAGGCGGCGGGGAGCAGGAGGUCCACGUACCAGCAGGACACCCAUGAGGGCUAUGUGGAGCUGCACGAGCUGGUCAUGGACAGCAAUAAGGAGCUGUGCUGGAUGGAGGCCGGUCACUGGCUCAAGCUGGAGGAGGACUUCAAGGAAGCUGGAUACUGGGGCCAGCCCCAUCUCUCCUUCCUGACCUACCGCAGCCUCCUGGAGAUCCGCCGGGCUUUGGCCAAAGGUGCCGUGCUCUUCGACGUGGCGGCCACGUCGCUGGCAGCCAUUGCCCACGUCCUCAUCGACCAGAUGAUCUAUGAGGGGCAGAUCAAGACACAGGAUCGCGAGGACAUCCUGAGGACGCUGCUGCUCCAGCACAAACACCCCAGUGAGGCCGAGGCGGUUGGGACCCUGCGACCGGCGCAGCUGCAGCGCUCGGGCACAGCUGUGGCAGAGACGGAGCAGCCGCUGCUGCGGGAGCAUCAGCCCCUGGAGAUGCGCGGGCUGGCGGGGGCCGGGCAGGGUGUGAGUGGGGCCACCAGACCUCAGCUGCCCGAAAAGGUCCCCGAGGAUGCUGAGGCCACGCUGGUCCUUGUGGGCUGUGCAGCCUUCCUGGAGCAGCCGACAUUGGCCUUCGUGCGCCUGAAGGCUGCAGUGACACUGGACGCUGUCCUCGACAUGCCCCUUCCUGUCCGCUUCCUCGUCGUGGUCCUGGGUCCCGACACCCCCCACAUCAGUUACCAUGAGAUCGGCCGCACUGUCGCCACCAUGAUGUCCGAGAGGGUCUUUCGCCGGGACGCCUACAUGGCUGAGGGCCGCCAGGAUUUGCUGCGGGGGGUGGAGGACUUCCUGGAGGCCAGCAUCGUCCUGCCGCCCACCGAGACCCCGAGCGAGCAGCUGCUCCGCAGCCUGGUGCCGCUGCAGCACGAGCUGCUCCGCCGCCGCUACCAGCCCCCCAAGAAGGCGCCGGGCGAGGGCUUCCUGAAAGACCUGGGGCUGGAGGAGCCAGCGCCAGAGGACGACGACCCCCUGCGCAGGACAGGACGACCUUUUGGGGGGCUGGUGCGGGACAUCCGCCGCCGGUACCCCAAAUAUCUCAGCGACAUCAAGGACGCCCUCAACCCCCAGUGCCUGGCCGCCGUCAUCUUCAUCUACUUUGCAGCGCUGUCACCUGCUGUCACCUUUGGAGGCUUGCUGGGUGAGAAGACCAAGGGCAUGAUGGGGGUGUCGGAGCUGCUCAUCUCCACCUGCGUCCAGUGCGUCCUCUUCAGCCUCCUCAGUGCCCAGCCCCUGCUCGUUGUCGGCUUCUCAGGGCCUCUCCUCGUCUUUGAGGAAGCGUUCUACUCGUUCUGCAGUGACAAUGACAUGGAGUACAUCGUGGGCCGGGUCUGGAUUGGCUUCUGGCUGAUCCUGCUGGUGCUGGUGGUGGUGGCUGUCGAGGGCAGCUUCCUGGUGCGCUACCUGUCCCGCUACACCCAGGAGAUAUUCUCCUUCCUCAUCUCCCUCAUCUUCAUCUUCGAGACCUUCUCCAAGCUCGUCACGAUCUUCAGGGACCACCCACUGAAGCGGCAAUACGAUGUGCAGCACACAGUCCAGCCCAAGGAGCCGCAGCCCAACACAGCGCUGCUGUCCCUUGUCCUCAUGGCUGGCACCUUCUUCCUGGCCUUCUUCCUCCGCAAGUUCAAGAACAGCGCUUUCCUGCCCGGCAAGGUCCGGCGCUUGAUCGGGGACUUUGGGGUGCCCAUUUCCAUUUUCAUCAUGGCACUGGUCGACUUCUUCAUCAAGGACACCUACACACAGAAACUCAAUGUCCCCAGAGGGCUGGAGGUCACCAAUACAUCUGCCCGAGGGUGGUUUAUCAACCCCAUGGGGCUCAACGCCCCCUUCCCCAUCUGGAUGAUGUUUGCCUGUGCGGUACCUGCUGUCCUGGUCUUCAUCCUCAUCUUCCUCGAGACGCAGAUCACCACCCUCAUUGUCAGCAAGCCCGAGAGGAAGCUGGUGAAGGGCUCCGGCUUCCACCUGGACCUGCUGUUGAUUGUGGCCAUGGGGGGGCUGGCCGCCCUCUUCGGCAUGCCCUGGCUCAGCGCUACCACCGUCCGCACCAUCACCCACGCCAACGCCCUCACCGUCAUGAGCAAAGCCACUGCUCCCGGAGAGAAGUCCCAAAUCUUAGAGGUCAAGGAACAGCGCAUCAGCGGCUUGUUGGUGGCCAUGCUCAUAGGUGUCUCCAUCCUCAUGGAGCCCAUCCUGAAGUACAUCCCGCUGGCCGUGCUGUUUGGCAUCUUCCUCUACAUGGGCGUCACCUCGCUCUUUGGCAUCCAGCUCUUUGACCGCAUCCUGCUCUUGCUGAUGCCACCCAAGUACCACCCCAGCGAGCCCUAUGUCACCCGGGUGAAGACUUGGCGGAUGCACCUCUUCACCUUCACCCAAAUCAUUGUCCUCGUGCUGUUGUGGGUGGUGAAGUCCACCCCAGCCUCACUGGCGCUGCCCUUCCUCCUCAUCCUCACCGUGCCCCUGCGGCGCUUCCUGCUGCCCAAGAUCUUCCGGGACAUUGAGCUCAAAUGCCUGGACGCAGAUGACGCUGUGGUGACCUUCGAAGAGGCGGAGGGCACAGACGUGUACAACGAGGUGCAGAUGCCCAGCUAAGGGCUCAGCACCACCUGCCCCCCGGGACAGCCCCACGCCCCCCAGCUCCCCCAUCCACCCGCUUGUAGCUCCAGUGCUGCUGUCCCGGGGCCACUGGGUGAUGGCGGGGACUUGGGGACACGGCCCCAGAGCCCCAGUUCCCCCCCACACACCCUGUGGAUAGAGCCUUUUUAUUUUGUUCCCUUUUUUCCCCUUUUUGUAACAUUUUGGAUGGUGUGAUCUCACCCACACUUUGCUACCCGCUGCGGAAGAGGCUGCUCGUGCUAGGGGGUCCUGCGAGCUGUCCCCCACCCCACGGCCGGGAGGGGCCUGUGCCCCGCGCACCAGCGCCGGGAGGAGCCGAGGAAGACCCUGGAGCCCAGAGGAGGAGAAAGGCAGGGACAGGGAACGCAGCAGAGACGAGGACAUGGGGAGGGGGCCCCGUUGCCCCAGCCCUGCUCUCUGCCCAGGGCCCCCCCGCACAGCCCCCCUUCCCCAGAUGAACUUUCAGUGCUAACGAGCGCUUGGGGCUGCUCAGCAGCAUCCCCGGGGCGGUGUAAAUAGUCCAGCGAGAGGGUUUAUGUGUUUUCAAUGGAGAUUAUCAUGCUAAAAACACACCAAAAAAUGUUGAUGCUGGUGCUUCUGCAGGUGGGAUUUGCUCAGAAUCAAACAAAAAUGCCAAAGAACACCCAAAAAGCACCUUAAGAAAAAAAAAAGCAGCAGCCGCCAAGGGUGAUGUGUAUAUUUGAUGCUGUUUGGGGAGUGUGUAAUUUAUUUCCGAAGGCCGAAGGCUCCUGCGCGGGGCCGCGUGUACAUACCAGACAGACUAUAGGAAUUCACGAUUUUCUAGAAGAGUUUAUUUUAAAGGAUCCUGGUCAGGGCCUAAACUCUACGGACCAGUUGGUAGCAUCAUUUAACUGAUGGAUUAAUCUAAUUCCUCUUUAUCUUUUUAGCGUUUCAGUUAAAUCCGUGUAGUUUUUCCAUGAGUUUUGUCUUGCUUGCUGACCACGUCUUGCCCCAUUUCUGCCAGAAUUGCUCCCAAAGCAGCGGAGCGUCCCUCUGCUCCUGCCGGGGCUGAUCCUGCCCCGCUCAGACCCCACUGAGGACCCCGAAACCAGCGCGGGGGGCAGGGGGCGCACCGCGUCUGGGCCGCGCGGCCCGUGCUUGAGUUCAUUUAGUUUUUAUCAUUAUGUGUCCAAAAUAAACAAUGUUGCGAUCUUUGGUUUUCUCCUUCCCCCCCCCCCCAACCUCCAUCGGGCUUUAAUAAAGAAAUUGGUGAAAUCAGAA